AUGGCGUCUCCCGUGUCUCGCCGCCGGCUUGUCGCCUCUAUCAUCUAUCGCACGCUCUAUGUUCUUCUCUACGUCUGUCUUCUCGGACUUCUACUAGCUACUCCCGCGGAUGCGAUUCAUCGCUCAUUCCAGAACCGACAGCUUUACAACAUCUGGAUCCUAAUCGCCGCCUACGUCACUGCCAUCGUCGUCGUGUCCUUCGUCUUCAUCACCCGUCUCUACAUCAACAAGACCGAUUUAGGAUCGAUACCGAAGGGGUGGAUACCUAUCGAGAAGGGCGAUCUUCGCUCAACUGUUCACAAGGUGAUUGGGUUGGGGCUAGGCCGUAGUGCAUCGAUCGCAUACGAAUCGCGUCCCCGGCUUCAAACGAAGGAUGCAACACCGGAGGAAGAAAAUGUCGAAACAAGAGUCAAGCUGGGUUUCGACGGUCCUGACGGUCCAGCAGAGGAGCUGGUGGUGGUAAUACCUCGUCGCAAACCAGUUUGGGGAGAUAUCGAACACCACGGCUGGUCAUCGCCCAACGCGCCUGAUCUACCUAAUCUCGAAUACUCGACUGUCUUUUCCGAGCUACCCAAUCUUAUCGAAGGCAAAGCUCUAACUCUUGCGCCUCCCGACCCAACCUCGCAAACGAAUCCGCCUCUGCUCGAUCCCGAGGCUGUAGCCCUUCUCCAGCGAACCGCGAACAUGAGCUUGCGCGACUACAUAGUCCAUCUUGCAGAGUUAGGGGUCCUCACGAUGAACACAAACACCACUAAAUUCCUCUCGCAUUACGAAUAUGCACGCUUCGCAAAUAGACCUAUUUCCAACGCCCAAUUCAAAGAACUUAUGCACCUCUUUGCCGAAAUCUUACGCGCAAUGGAACCAUUGGACCCAAACAUUCUUGAUGAUCAAGAAGAGGCCUCAUCGCCCUCCAGCAAUAGCGAUGAUGAUGCUAGAAGCGGUACUUCUCGUAGCAACCUGACACCAUCGGAUGCUGCCAGCAUUAGCAGCUCUGCUCGACGGCUAAGACGUCAACCAUCAACAAACACCUGGAACGUGUAUGAGACUGCUCCUAAUAGUAUAAGGAGCGGUACCACUGGAAGCGGGAGUUUGUCACGAAGGUACAGCAAUAUGAGUCUUGCACUGAGUCAGCGCCGGUAUCGAAUGAGCCGGCCCUCAACAUCAAGCCUUCGAUCUAAGUCGUCGGGUAGCUCAGGCUCUGUCAUACGACUGGCUACGCAUCAAGACGCUACAGACCUGCCCUACGUGCUCAGUCUACGAGACACAACUGCCAGCUACUAA